CCCUGUAGUAGGUUGAAACUUAGUUAAUGGACAAAUUGCUAACCCAAUGAGAAAGCUUGUAGCACUUCUGCGAUUUGCAUAUUUAAAGGACAGGCAGGAACGGAAAUUGGCUUUUUGUUCCAGCUUCCUGCCAAGAGGGAGGGGGAAUGGGUCUGGACUCUGGCCCGGAGCUGGCCCGGGCUUUCUCCCCCAGCACGGCGGCGUGGGCAAAAGCCUCUGGGGAAAAGCCAUCCCAGAGCCAAAGGCAGCUGAGAAAACAGCUAUGAGCUGGGACUGCACGGCCAAGAUUUCAUCUGAAGCCGCUGCGGCGCCGCACGGAGCCAGCAGGGGCCAGCGGAGCCCCUCUGCAGCCAGCACAGCUCACACCAAACCGAAAAGAACAUCGUAUGUAGCCAACAAGGCCACCUUUUCUUCCAAGUCAGAGAGAAAGAAAAGUAAGUCACGUGAGGGAGAAGAACAUGGUGACUCCAAGGUCAGAAAGAAAGGAAAAGUAAAGUCACAUGGGACGACGCUAAAAUGGUGGCAGAAAAAGAGGAUGGAGGCGUUUCCAGUGCUGGAGCUUAAAAUUCUCCUUGCAAGCGGUGCAGAAGCAAUUAAGAUCUCGUGUACUUGGCGUUUAAACCAGCGUCAAACCACGACGCACCCACAGAAGGUCUGUGAUGGUCCUGGGGAUCUAGAGUUCACCAAAAUCAUUAGGAGUUUGCAUAAGAUUUUUAUUUGGACUAUAUGCCUCCACUGCAGUUCAGAGUGGACUGAUUCUCUGGUCUUCAGAAACUUGGGAGAAGCAACUAAGAAUCACACUGAUCUGCUACAAGGAAUGUUGUUCUUAAAGACACCUUCAGCCCUUAAUAUAACCUUGCUAUUUGAGGGAUUACUUUCACCAAAAAUUCUAGGUACUACACUGUAGACCUAAUAGUCUGAUGGAACUACAUGUGGUGAAACCAAUCUCUUUCGAAUGUGUAUAAGGCUUUAAGCUAUCAAUAAAUUUCACAUCUGUGUAUGCUGUCACACAGACCAUUUGUACAGCUGUGGCCAUGAAGUGCCAAGGAACUGCGUCUGAUGUUUUGUGCUCGUCUAACAGCAGGUCUACAACACCACAUAGGUCUGCAGCACUCCUGUGAUGAGAGAUAAGGUUCUUAAGAGGCAUAAUACAUAAAUGCCUA